UCAAAAGAGCAGUGUUUCUCGAGAUUGCGGCUUGCAUCGAGUCCUUUCUCUCUUCCCUGCAUUGAUUACUUGAGGUCUUCUGUACAAGUACUUACGUUCAGAUUUCGAUAGCUCCGAUUCCAAACCACUUCCUUCCGGUUCGAUUUGUUUGACAGACCCAUCCCCCUGAUCAGUUGAUUAGCACCGAUGGCAUCAAACGCACCAUACUAUCAGAUGCGUGCCGGCCAGCUUCCAGCGAGAACCAACAGCUCAAACGCUGCCUUGCAAGCCGAUGCACCUCAAGACGGAGAUCUUGACCACGUACCCAUCCUGCCUGAACAAUCAACGAAGACCGUUCGUCGGCCCGGGGCAGACAGUCAGUCAAACGACUUUGAGGAGUCGCAUAACCUGGUGGAGCUUCUGGAAGCUGCAGCGACAGCUGCAGACCAAGGAUCUGUUGCUAUGUAUAGCGAAAAGUCAACACCAGCGGUAUUGGAUACACAGAGCACGAGAAAGCGACUCUCCACUCCGACAGGCGCAGCUACCCCGAACGAAAUGGAUGAAGAGAGCUCAGUCGCGAAACGCCGCCGCAUUGACCCAUCGUCGACUGAUCCUAAUCUCGAAUCUAACAUCAUCAUGCAUUCCCCCACUCCGAAGGCGAGUCCUUCACCAUCUCGUGAUAGCCUUCUUGUGAAUGCUCGCGCAGUUGGCGUCCACUCGGCCGUUGCCCUCUUUCGACGCACCAGCUCCAACGCAACACGCAAGUACACACGUCCACCCAUGUCCAAGCUCUUCAUGUCGCUGAACAUUACGCCUGAGAACUUCAUCGCCCUGCAAGCCCUUGCGAAGGCAUACAUGCUCUCGCCGGCACACCCCGACCGACAGUCUUGUGUCGGCAACCGUGGAAAGGGCGACACCGACAUGGUCAAGCUCCGGCUGUUCAACUGUGUGAGAGACUUUUUGACUGAUGGUGGAGUAGGCGAGCAGUUCUUUGGAGAGCAUGUCGAAAAGCCCGGCGAGAGGGAGAGCAGUGAAGCUGCUGCAGCGCUAGGAGAGGAGAGUGGCGGUGUAGAAAAGCUGGUAUGGCCGCGCGAUGGGAACAAGAUUGUCAGCCUUGUCACGCCUCUGAUGAGAAGAAUGGUCACCAACGAGCGACAGAGACUGUACGCCAUCGACACCAGGAAGGGUGGGAAGAAGACGGAGAAUGAGGACAGCGUAGACGGUCACAUUCAUCACAGCUCGCCAACGCCUGAUGUUGAACAGCAGUUCCAAGCAGUACUCGAUCCCACACUCCAAAGGCCUACGGCGAUGCAGCGAUCCCCGCCUUCUACACCUUCCACGACAGUCGUACGAACGGAUGCUCCCAGCGCAACUGCUCUUUCAACUAACAGUCCUGCCCUUGCUGCAUCACCAAAGUCCCCCCUUGCACCACUCUCUGCUGACGCAGCCGAACCCCACCUUACGAACAUCAACAUCUUCCUGACUUAUGCUCCCAACGCAUCCAAAAGCAUCAAGCUAGACGAGAAACGCAUCUCAACGACCCGCCCUGCGCACUUAACCUUCUACAACUACACCGCCUUCCUCGAACAAGUCACUUCGAUGGUGAACCGAGCCGAGCUCCUCCACCCCUCCAUAAAGCCUCCCAGUAGCAGUGUCGACACCGCUCCAGCAGGUACACGCGAGACUGAGAACCUGCGUGGCCUUGCCGCCGCCGCGAAUGCCCUGCAGCCCGAUAGAGACGACCAGCAGUCUCAGCCUGCCUUGUCUGCGUCAACAUCAGCACGGUACACUGUCAAGACUGUUGGUCCGACGGGCUGGCAGGUUAUCGAUAGUGCGGAGGGCUGGUACCACGUCCUCACCGAGCGCGCGUUCGCGACAUGGGCGGAUGGCGUUUGUAACAUUAUCGUCGAGCUUGGUGCUGGCGGGUCGUUGAUGAGCGUAGGGAAGGUGGGUAGUUCACUUGAUGGGGAGGUGCAAAUGGAAGACGUGUGAGUUAUGGAAGUGUAUGUAUAUCGGUUGAUGGUGGCGUUAUGGUGGUUCGUGUUUACAUCGCACUAGUAUUGCUCGGUCGCAUGCGGUGGCAAUCUGUAGGAUAGAUCAAGUUCGUCUGUGCAA